AUGUCAGAGUACUAUGGUACUGGAUCGACGUCAGGAUAUACGGCGCCCAGACAAGUCAAGACAUCCAAUAACAUCAGGAGUGAGGAGGAAAUCAAUGUUCAAGGCCCGCUUGAGGUAGCCGGCUCCGUCCAGUCUGGCCGUGGCAUCAACUUCCAGGGCAGCAUCUCUGUCAAAGGACCCAUCGAUGCCUAUGGCAACAUCACCACAAAGGGGGAGAUGAGUUGCCAGGGACAGAUCAAGGCAUACGGCAACAUCCUGAUCAACGGCUACCUAGCCUCCAGCGACAAGAUCAUAGGAUAUGGAAAGCUGAGGGUGGAAGGCACCCUGGAAGGGGUAGAGCUCGAGAUUUGGGGAAACUUGAUUAUCAUUGGCUUCCUGAAAUGCAGGCACCUGGUUCUUUAUGGUUCAUUGACCCUCAUUGGGCCAGAUUCCACCUAUCUCGUCGAGGAAUCAGAACAAAUUGCGGGGGCCAAGCUGAUGCGCGACACGGAGGCAGAUUGGGAUUUGUGA